AUGGGGAAGGGUGGCAGACAUCCAGCAUACAUCAGGGCCCACUCCAAACGCCAGGAUGUCACCCGGGCCAUGGAGAAGAAUGCCCAAGCUCUCAAGGAGGGGGACAUGAACUUUACGAAACAGCUGCUCGAGAACCACCGCAUAAAGGAACAGAUCCAAGUCCAAAUGAAACUGAAGCGGGCGCAGGAGGCGCAGCAGAUAACGCAAGAAUCUUCGCAAACUGAGGUCUUGUCCGAGAAAUCCAAGGAGGAGAUGUACAAGACUAACCAAGAGCGACUUCGAGAGUUAGCAGAGAUACAGCCGACAUCAUAUGAACACGCCAUCAAAUUGUCUGAAGAGCGCCAGAGAAGGAUUGCAUUGGAAAAGGAACGCAUCGCAGCAGAAAAGCAAAUUAUAAAGGAAAAGAGAGAGCUGCGGAAUCGGGCCCGGAAGGCCAGAUUUAAGUUCACAGCAAAGGGGCAGCCCGUGAUGGAGGCGUAUAUUGCCAACCUUCUCAAGCAAAUCGAGAAAGGCAAGUAG